UCUUAAAGUCAGUUCUAGUCUACAUUGCCGACAUGUGGACAGCAGGAAUUCUACUAAUAUUCGAUCGGUGGAGCACAUCAAUACGACCUCCAAUUCCUUUUUUCAUCUCGAAAUGGAUUUACGUCAUUUGCAUCUUUAUAUCGUUUUUCUUAUUAGCUUUGGACAUUAAGAAAGCCAGGAAUAUAAUUAAGUCAGGGGACAUUUCAUAUGCUUUUACAAACACAGUUGCUUACAGGUUCCAUACCAUGAGGAGUUAUUCGCAUUUUUGCUUUUUUUCUAAAAUCAAUAAUUCCAAAAAGAAAGUAGAUGAAAUUGCCUUUUUCGUAUUCUUUACUUUUAAAGGUUGGAAGCGAAUUAUAUUUGCUGAAGCCCCUCGUCAAGUUAUUGUUGCAGUCACACUAUAUUCAAUCGUUCAAGCGAAUAAAUCUAGGAAUUAUUUUGAUAUCGACGAAUAUGGAUCAGGCAUGGUUCAACGUCUUACCACAGCUUCGAUGGUUUUCUCCCUUUUGAUAUUUGUUGCAUCGGCGUCCAUGUUUGUAUUUGCUUUCCUAUUAUAUAUUCCACUUCUGUGUCAAAUCCGGGGAAAUUUAAAAGAAUAUUGUUGUCACAAAAUUGACAAGAG